AAAUCUAGGCUUGAGUAUGGGCUAUGUUAGGUGCCAUGUCAACGAAUACACAUAAAGUAUCGUGCGUCUGCGCAUCGUUCACUAUCAACCACAAUUACCGUCUUUUGCUCUUCGACGUCGCUAAUCAUGGUCAACGUCGGCCUCAGAGACCUGGGACUGCAAGAGCGCUCGAAUGUCGCUCAACAGUACCGCGAUGCAACUCGUUCUGACAGACAUGCCUGGAGAGGCGGCGUCCUUCGACGCAUGCCCUGGGUCGGGCUACUCGCCCUUUCCCUAGCACUUCUGUGUAUUGCUGGAGCCGUGGCCAUCCUCUUCUUCUCAGACGGUAGACCAAUCGGAAGCUGGAAAUACUCACCUUCGGUCUAUGUAUCGUUCGCAUAUACCAUCGCCAAUGUCCUUCUUCAAGAUGCAAUGAGCCGAGGUGCUACGAUAAAUUGGUGGAAGAGAGCAAUAGCAGACGGCACAAACAUUGGAGAUCUUCAUCGCAAUUGGGACUAUGGAAGCUCGGCGCUCGCAAGUUUGAAGGCAGGGAGACACUUCAACUUCAUCGCGUUCGUUACGCUUUUCCUGACUAUUACGCCUCUCAAUGGACCACUGCUUCAACGUUCGUCGGAAGUCGAGAUCUCGAAAGCUGUAUCCAAUGUCGAUGUCAGCAUCCAGGCUGCGCAGAGGAUUGAUCUUCCGACUGGAUACAUGUCUGGCCGUCUCCGGGUUGUCCCACUGCUGCACGAGGACUUUGCGCCAGUGUUCCGAGCUUUCGAAAGCGGACGGAGCAUACCUGCCAACAAGACUGGCUGCUCCGGUGAUGGCAAGUGCAGUGGUCGCCUGAAAGCCGCUGGCUUAUCUGUCAACUGUUCCUCUUACACUGUGCCAUUCAGCGUAGUGCCCGGCGACAACUGCAACUCCAUCGACCCAGAGAUCAGCCAGGAAUGCAUCAAUGCACAGGCCGGCACGUUUGUCUACCGGUCUGCUUUAAGCUGGGUCUACGACCAGCCAGGUCGCAUGAAUCUGGACAUCCAGUACAAAGACAACUCUGAUUGUGAGGGCGUGCUCAUGGUUCAGAACCGCGCUCUGCAAGCUGCGACGGUAGAGUAUCCUGUCAUCAUCGAUGGCAAUAGCUCGACCAUCUCUCUUGACCCUAAAACAACUCUCUACGACGACAAAGUCUUGCACACCAACGAGUACGAGGAUCCGGGAACUCAAGGCCCAACUGAGCUCGGAGGCUUCGCACACGCCCUCGAAGAGACGAUGAGCGGCUACACCCACAUCCGCUUUGCAGGUACAAUCGGCUAUGAAAUUCUCUCGACUGGUCCAGUAGGUACCCGCUUCGCCAACAUGUCCGAAGCAGUCAAGAAACCCGCUCCACUGAACCAAGAUCUCUGCAGCAUUUACUUCAAUGAUCCCGUCCCAGCUUUCCUCGAACAAGCUCGCCAGCUUAUGUUCCGUACCGCCUUGACAAUGACCAACACAAGCGAUAUGCAGAAAGUCCAACUCAACCAGAUCCGCACCAUGGGUGUCUACCGAGCGCAAUACGCCUACCUCGGCGCUGCCGUGGGCCUGUCUCUCGCGGCGGUCAUUGUGAUCCUGACCAUGUACAACGGUUUCUGGCUCUUGGGAAGGAAAGUCAGCAUGUCGCCCAUCGAAAUCGCCAAAGCUUUCAAUGCGGAUAUCCUGAAGAAUGAACACCCGAAUGCUGAGGUUGAUGAGCUGGUCAAAGAAGUUGGAUCAAGAGCCGUCAUGUAUGGUGUCACACAAGCUUCAACGUCGGGCUAUGCGCCGGGCGGCUAUGAACAGAAUAAGGACAGCGGAUACAUCCAAGUCAGAUCUGUGAAUCAGGGACAAGAAUUGAGGCUCGAAAUGGCAGACCCUUCGAAGGUUCAGGCACUUGUGGCGAGUUAG